CGCUUACCGCUUUCAGGGACAAGUGUGGGUACCUGCCAUCUCCCCGCUACCGCGCUGCCCAACCGCAUCAGGUCAGCUACACUAAGCUCGCAGCGUCACCUCUCAUGGUUCAGCGACAGGCAGCUCUUGCCCAUUCCCCACCACUGCCGCCGACACUUCCAGCCCAUUGUCCGGCAAGCAGGACGUUCUUUCCGCCAACUCCAUCCGUUGCGACGAUCCAAGAUCAAGCCUCCUCGAUCUGAUUGUUUAUAAACUUCGCGAUUGCAAUUCCUGUCGUUGCGUCUUCUGGCUCACCCCACGAUCCUCAUUCCUAGCUUCUCCAACACUAAAAGCGACUACUCCGGAUCCCGACAACCACAUAACCCCACGUCCGCCUAGCAGGACGCCAUGGCGGUCAUGGAUCAACACCAAGAUGAUUUCUCUAAUGUCUCCUGGAAUACGGACGAGCACACUGCUGCCGAGAGCUCGAGUUCAGUGACGGCCACUGAGUACGACGAGGAUGCCGAUAGAAACGGACACCAUGCCUACGAAAGCGACGCACCCGGCAAUGACGACGACCGGGAAGUUCUGGACUGCACAGUUUCUGAGCCGCUCAAGGAAAAUGAAGGCUCCAAGGAUACCUUUGUUUCCUACCUCAUCACCACCAACACCACAUUCCCCUCCUUCCAGAGAUCGCACACCACAGCCCGGCGACGGUUCACAGACUUUGUCUUCUUGUAUAAGGCACUAAGCAGAGACUACCCUACCGCCGCGGUCCCUCCUCUCCCCGAUAAACAGCGUAUGGAAUAUGUUAGUGGCAACCGCUUCGGGCCGGACUUCACCAACCGUCGAGCACAUUCGCUGCAGCGCUUCUUGAACCGCCUCUCUCUUCACCCCGUCCUCCGUCGAGCUGAUAUCCUCCACAUCUUCCUCGAGAGCCCCGACUGGAACGCCACAAUGCGCAGUCGCAGCCUCAGAGGAUCCCAGAGCAGCGAUGCCGGAAGCAGCGGCGUGUUUGACAACCUUACCGACAGCUUCCUCAAUGCCUUUUCCAAGGCGCACAAGCACGACAAGCGGUUUUUGGAGGUCCGGGAAAGAAGCGACAAGCUUGACGAGGAUUUGGCCCACAUCGAGAAGGUUGUAGCGCGUGUGGCGCGCCGGGAGAACGAUCUUGAACUGGACUUCAAGGAUCUGGCAGAGCAAUUCCAGAAGCUCAUCACUCUGGAGCCUGGCGUCGAGAGCGAAGUCCGACAUUUCGCCAAUUCGAUCGAGGACACUGCUAUGGGCCUGCGAAAGUUGAAGGAUGUUACUGACGGAGACUAUCUCGGCAGUCUCCGGGACAUGCAAGCGUACAGCACGGCACUGAAGAGCCUUUUGAAGGCGCGAGAGCAGAAGCAGGUGGACUACGAGCAGCUCACGGAGUAUCUUAACAAGAACACUGUCGACAGGGACCAGCUCCAGUCUGGGCAUGGCUCUGGAGGCCUGUCCGGUGCUAGCGGCCGACUGAUGCGCAAACUCGAAGACGUGCGUGGAGUCGAUCACGAGCAGGCCCGUCGUGAUCGCCAAAGAAAACUGGAAAUGAACAUUGACAAGCUUACCACCGAGGCGGAGCGAGCCAAGAAGACGAGCGAGAUGUUCGACGACGAGGUUGUCAAGGAGGUCGCCGACUUUGAGCGAAUCAAGCGAGUCGAGUUCAAGAAGCAGCUCGGAGGCCUAGCCGACUCCCAUAUUGAAUUCUACGACGAAGUCACGGAAAUCUGGGAGAGCUACGUCAAGGCGAUGGAGGAUGAAGGCGUUUCGGGCACCCGCAGCACCGGUGUUGAGCCUCCCGGUCGCCGCUUGGCGGAGUAGUGCUAGAAGUACCGGGAGAACGUGAGCAGCGAGUUGAGAGCCAUCAUGCGUAAAAGGAUUCGAGAACUGGAUGAAGAAUGGGCCGUGGAUGGAGAUUGGGCCGAACCCACCUAAUUGGGUUUAUAUGUUGGUAUAGGAUUAGCUUCCAAUGGCUCCGGAGCAUUACCUCGGACAGAUUCAGCAGACGGGAGAGCGGGUUAUGCCAUCGGAGUAUCGGACACACCAGUCAGGUAGAACUGGAGAUAAUCAUGAAGAUGGGGCGUGUGGAUUGCGAUUAAUGAAUCAAUACAUUUUCUUCUUCUCACGAUCGUAAAC